AUGGAUACAUGCGACACGGCUCAAAGCGGCUCCACCAGCGGUUCCCCCGUCAACUGCUCCUGGUUCUGGACUGCCCUAACCCGAUUGAGGAAGGCAACCUACACCUACACAUCUAUGCAUCCACUCGUUAACAUUGUGGUUAUCUUAUAUGUUUUUCUCGGUGGAUUGAUAUUAUGCAAUACCCUCCUUUAUGGCACUAUUGGCAGCACCAUACCUUCAGGUGGGUUAGAUUUGGAUUUUGCAGGACUAUUGAAAAAGGAAGGGAAAAGUGAUCAAGCAGUUCAGCGGAUCAUGAUGCAUGUCAAACGAGCUAUGACUAAACAGCCAAUAAAGCACACACCCUACUUAGAUGUCGGUCUUCUUAAUAACCGACCCCUCAGUGAACAUGAAAUACAAUGUUUGUUUUAUGCUUUGACACCCGCAGGAGCGACUAAACCAUAUAAUAUAAACAAUGUUACUUAUUUACAAUUAAAUGCUCAAACUAUAAAUCUAUUUGUCGAAUACCAAUCCCAAAAUAAUGAGACGAUAGAUGCAAGACCUUUUCCUAUUCAUACCAUGACAUCGUAUCCCACAGUUAACUUUUGUAAUAAUUUAUGGAAAUCUAUGACGCCUGGUUUUUAUGUACAUUUAGAUUUUGACAUGUAUGAGGAUUUUAAGCCUUUAAUUCUUAAAGCAUCUCAAAAAAUACUACCAUCGGUUUGUGUUUCUCCUGUAACUGGUUCUAAGAUAGAUUAUAUCCUUGGGUCAGUCCGAGGAUGUCCACGCAUACUGUAUAUAAUGGCGUCUAACCCUUUCCCAGCACUAGACAACGUGGUUUGGAUGUGUGGGGAACAUCUUCAUACUUAUAUACCCCCUUAUUGGCAAGGAGUUUGUGCCCCAUAUUGGUCAGAUAAAACUAUAAAUUUUGAUAACAAUGUCCAUGGUACUGAAGAUUCAUAUGUAAUUGCAUGGCCCUCGCAAAUAGACACAGAUGCAAACCCAUCAUCAACGAUUGAAGACAAUAAUCAGGAUCUUAAAUAUAAGGAAUUAGCACUGAAUCUGGAUAAUAAAAAGCUUUUUGAAUCGAAUUUAUGGUACCAAUCACUUAAGAAGCGGGUUAGAACUUUCACAAGAAAUUCUUGUUAUGCUUGUUCACUGCUCCCUGUAUCUACUCAAGAUCUUUUCGCACUGGUAGCCAAAUCACUCACGGGUCCCAAAGGACUUCCUUCGUGGUGUACCAUGGCAUAUCAAUAUGUCAUACAAAUGCAUCCCAAAACCAGAACACAUGACAUUAACUCUUCCAAGUUUCGACCUGUUAUCAGACCUACUAAAAUGCAUUUAGGUAAGACAACGCAUUCAGUGCAGAAAAUCAAGAACUUUCUUAACAAGGUCGUAAAAUAUGUUAUAUACUCCAAUAUUUCUAUUAGUCAAGAAAAUGGAAACGAUAUUUUCCAUGUACAUGCAACAUCAUUUAACGUACCUGAAAAUCAUCCAUCCUUGCUUAUGUGUUCUGGGUUUUACAAUAAAUAUCUUUUGAACAUAACCUCGGACUUGUCUAUUACCCCUCAUCAAUCAUCCAUAGCGGUAGAUCCAUCCGACAUCUUUGAUGUUUGUCUAGAGGGUCAAUCCCUCACUGAUGGUGGGCAGAAUAUGGGUUUUCUAAAGGUUAACCAGUGCCGUUUUAUUGUUAAUUCACAUACUGAUUACGCCCAAUUAUCUCUGAUGGGCACUCCAUAUACAUAUGGCUUUUAUUGGUGUUGUGGUAACAAUGUUUGGAGUAGUCUCCCUCCCCGUUUCAGGGGUAGGUGUGGUCUAUGCAUGUUACAUGACGUAACCUACAUUGUGGAGCCCGUUGAAUACGCACCACAACACUUCAACUCCACAAGAUCUAGGAGAGAGUUGUCUGAAGUUACUGGUUAUAUCCAUUUGAAGAACUCGAACCCCACUGACUUGGCCACACGUUAUUAUGCAUUGCGUGAUGAUUUUCAGAUAUAUACACAUUCACAAUUGGUUUUUAGUACCUUAUUUUGGAACACGGAAUUGCAAUAUACGAAUCAUUAUCUUAUCGCGCUUACUAGGCAUGACUUGGCAUUAAUGGCAAAUGCCACAUUGCAGGGUUUUAAUUCCAUAUAUGCUGAGUUAGACUUGAUCCGCCGUUUUACCUCGGAUAAUCGCGUUGCUUUAGAUGCAUUGACGGCAUCUCAAGGGGGUGUGUGUGCCAUUGUAGGAGAAGGCUGUUGUACGUACUUACCAUCUGAUUCUGAAGGAAUGGGCAAUUUGACGAUAGCCAUUAAGAAUCUGGAAGACAUCUAUAUGGGAAUUGUCACUGCCAAUAAAGAUGCACGCUUCACAGGGGGGUCUACUGGACUUAAGGCUUGGGAUCAUAUCUCAGCCCUAUUUGGAGGUAGCUCCUUCUAUGCCUGGGUUAUGGGCCUUGCAGGUCCAGUUAUGGUCAUUAUUUUGAUUGUGGCUGUUGUGAUGUGCUGUUGUUUUCCCAUUUUCCGUGCACUAAUCAUGAAAUCUGUUUCUUCUAUGGUCAGUACGUCUUUCGUGCAGACUACACUCCUGAUGGAGAAGGAUUGUAUCCCUUCCCCCUCCGUACAGGGACCUUGGCUCUCCUCCUCUUCGUCAUCUGAGUCAUCUGAAGAAUUCAGGGAUGGGGAGGCCUGA